AUGAGGAGAUGGCUCCAGGCUAGAAUCAGCAGAGUCGCUUACCCUCCCUGGUCUCGUGCUGGCCCUAGGCAUUCGAGCACUGUCUCCAGUUCGCGUGAAAUCGAACGGGUCAGCGUCCGAUGCGGCUCUGCGGGCAGCGUAUAUGUCGAUUUGCAUAACCUGGACAAGGUGACUUCAUCACAUCCCUUACUGGUAUAUCUACCGCCGUACUCUUCUCCUGCCCGCGAGGAGAUCUCCGAGGUGCCUGGCUUUUGUCGCAACUACCCCACGGCUGUGAUCAAUUACCGCUGGGCUGGCUACGGCCCCUAUCACGGAGCGAAUGCACUAUCGGCGCCGUCUCAGGAGGCGGAGAGCGAUGCUAUCCUGCCACCUCUGACCUGGCCAAUUCCUGUUCACGACACGUUGCAGGCGUACAGCUGGAUUAUCGAGAAUUUAACACCACCAACAUAUGCCCGCCGGGAUGUCUACGUUUACGGGUCUUAUCUGGGUGCCUCGUUGGCCACGUCGCUGGCCCUGACCGAGAGCUAUCCACAUGAACCGGUGAGCGUUCGCGGGCUCGUCGCGUAUAAUGGGAUAUACAACUGGACCACGUUUCUCCCUGAUCACCCCGCCAAUCAUCAGUCCGCAGGGCGCCCAACUAAUGUGCUGGAAGAUGUUCUCGGUCAAUCGGCCGACCCCAUCUUCCAGGAGCUCAAGCAGCAUGUCCAAGCCCUCUUUGGAGAUCCCACACACCUAUUCGAUCCAUUCGCGAGUUCGUCGCUCUUCUUUGAGUCGCCGGGAAUGUGGGUCCCACGGGACUUCACAUCACCUAACCUCCCGGCUGCGGCAUCUCUCCCGACGGCGGGCCUGCCAGAGAAGGACAUGGCGGAGAUCACGGAUCGGUUAGUUACCAUCAUGGUCGACAAGCCGCCCAAGCAGAGUCCUCUCACGUUUCCUCCACGAGGGUUUACCCUGGAGCUGCCCGAAAGCCUGUUGCUGCAUACCAGGCCACCUGGUCGAUCUUCCUUCGCCGCGUGGAAAGGACGACGACAGCAAAAUCAGAAGAGAAGCGCCGCCGCCAACCACUUUGCGGCACAAGCGGAAGAACUCGCUGCUCUGAUGCGGAGGAGUCUCACUAAGCUCGAGUUCAAGGAGCACAGGGCGAGGGAUGUUGAUUUUGAUGAGCACGCGGAGGCGAAGAGAAGGGUACAAGUCCGUGAUAUUGGGGCAGAUGAACGGCCUGAAAGAUUGGAAUUACCUCCAAGCGCGGCAGCACGGGUGAGCAACUGGCUCGACGAACGCAUGAAGGGACGGGAUUGA